GAAAAUAAUCCACCUUAAAAUGGCAUCAGGACGAUUACAAAGAUGGGCAUUUUUCCUUUCUGGAUUUAAUUAUCAUAUUGAGUACAUUAAAGGCUCAACAAAUACCAUAGCAGACAGUCUAUCUCGCUUACCAUGUCUAGAGAGUGAUGAACAACUAACUAAGGUAGGGGAUAACACUGAUGUUUUAAACUGGGUAGAAGGAUAUUUACCUGUUAGUUUUUUACAGAUUAAAGCUGAAACAGCUAAAGAUAAAGUUUUACAAAAAGUAAUGUGUUAUUUAAAUAGUAGUUGGCCUAAAGAUAUACCUAAUGAAUUAAAACCAUUUUACAAUAGAAAAGAUGAAUUAGUGAUAGAAGAUAAUAUAUUAGUGUGGGGUUACAGAAUAAUUAUACCUUAUAGUCUAAAGGAGUUACUUUUAAAAGAAUUACAUAGUUCUCACCUUGGCAUCGUUAAAAUGAAAUCUAUGGCUCGUUCAUACUUUUGGUGGACAUCUAUAGAUUCUGACAUUGAACGUACAGCCAAAAGUUGCACUCUAUGCUUAGAAAGUAGACCUGAACCACAAAAAUGUAUUUUAACUAAAUGGCCAAAAACACUACAUGUCUUUGAGCGCAUUCAUAUGGAUUAUUUAGGGCCUAUUAAUAAUAAAAUGUUCUUAAUCAUAAUUGAUUCUUACAGCAAGUGGCCAGAAGUAUUCGAAGUAGCCAACGCUGAUACAUUUAAUACAUUAGAAAAACUUAAAGAAACUUGUGCUAGGUUUGGUCUCCCUGAUACUAUAGUUUCUGAUAAUGGUACCCCCUUCACAUCUAAUGAGUUCAGCCAGUUUUGUAAAACUAAUGGUAUUAAACACUUGACCUCCCCUCCGUUUCACCCUGCUAGUAACGGUGCAGCAGAGAAUGCCGUCAAAAACUUCAAGUUAAGUUUCAGUAAAAUUAUGAAAGAAAGUAAAAUGUCAGUUCACUCAGCAAUACAGAAAUAUUUAUUUUUCUACAGGAAUAGCGAGCACAGUACAACUGGUUAUACUCCAUCUAAAUUAAUGUUUAAGAGAGAUGUUAGAACUAGAUUUGAUAGAAUAAGGAAUAGUGACAAAAAUAGUGACAAAGCAACUAAUAGAGAGAUCAGAAAUUAUAAAGGAAACAUAACCAAUAAAACUUUUAAGGUAGGAGAAGAUGUGUAUAUUAGAGAUUACAGCAAACCUAAUAAAAAGAGUUGGAAAGCAUGUAUGAUUGAUGAACAGCUAGGAAAGUCUAUAUAUAUCUGUAAGGAUAAAUUUAACAACAGCUAUUUCAAAAGACAUGUUGACCAAAUCAUAAAAGUAGGCUCUUUCUUUAAGGAGGUAGGACUAAGCAAAAAAAUUAACGAUUAUGACAACAAUAACAACUAUAGUGAAAAAGAGAGUAACAUCAAAGUACCAAUAGAGAGCGAAGGAAACAAGACAGUGCCAUUUGAAACUAGUAUUGAGAAUAAUAAUGAGACAACACUUAUGCAAGAAAUAACAAAAGGUCCUGAGAUAGUUGAAUGUAUUAAAAAUCAAGGUAACAGACCUAUAAGAAAAAUUGUCAAACCAAACAAAUUUAAAGAUUAUGUGUGUUGACUGUGAAUUUGGUUGCAGUGAAUAAUAAACCUACACAUUAGCACAUUAUUUUGUAAAAAAAAAAAAAAAA